AUGCCAUUCAAAAUCCUUCUCAAGGCGACUCGCUCACCAGAAACCUCUCCCUCAACAUUCAAAUCCCGUCUUGAAGCGCACAUCGCACUAGUCAAGCAUCUUACGGGUCCUGAUUUCCCCCUUUCCCAUCGACGAAGUUACAUCGAUCGUCCUACUACCCCCUCAUCGGAGGGGACGUAUCCCACAACUGUGCUCCUCGGGCAACAGAGUGACUUUUCAUUCGAUUCAAUAGCGGAAUUGACCUUCGAGGAUGAGGCUGCGUUUGAGCGGUUUCAGGCGAAAGUGAGAGAGCCGGAGAUUGCGAGAUUAAUCCAGGAGGAUGAGAAGGGAUGGUCAGACCGGGGGAAGUUGGGGAUUGUGGUGUUGGGAGAGACAGGACAUGACAACCUCCCACAUCAACACUACUCUGCAUCUAUCAUUAUGACGCGUUAUUCGAUGCUACCCAUCCUUCGAAUCAUACGAAAACCCCCACAAUGGCCUCUCCCACGCCACUCACCCCUAGUCCAUCGCGUCAAGCCCCCUAUACACAGCCCAGCCACGCGUCACAACGCAUCCUACUCAACCACCCCCCACCCCCAAUACCAACUCCCUAAAUACACGCCCAUCGACGACACCGAAUAUCUCGACCGCUAUGAACCAGGCGGCUACCACCCCAUCAUGAUCGGCGACGUCCUCCACUCGCGAUACACCAUCGUAGAUAAGCUCGGGUACGGGGGAUACUCAACCGUAUGGCUAGCACGGGAUGCAAAGCUGGAUCGCUACGUGGCCUUGAAGGUCCUUAUAUCAGAUACAACCUGUAACGAAGUGAGGGUGCUGCGAGAACUGUCCACAGCAAAUACUUCAGUUCAUCAUCCCGGAAGGGACUCAAUUCCCGUCCCAUUGGAUGAAUUCACCGUAACCGGUCCAAACGGGACGCAUACAUGCUACACGAUGCUCCCAGCGCGAAGUAAUCUGCGCGAAGUGUCGUAUAGUCGGUUAUUUCCUGUGGAUGUAGCACGGGCGUUGUGUGGGAGGUUGGUUUUGGGGGUUGCGUAUCUUCACUCACAAGGCUACGUUCACGGAGACAUCCACCUCCGCAACAUCCUCUCCACUCUCCCCACAAACCUCGACAACCUUUCUAUCGAGGAGUUCUACACAGAAUACGGAAACCCCGAAAUAUACCCCAUAACUCUUUUCGAUGGAUCCACAUCCACCCUCUCACCUAACGUCCCACCCAAAGCAGUAUCCACUCUCUUCCUAGCCAUAUAUGCAGGGGAAUUCACCCUGCAGGACACGCGCAUCCUUCUCUGUGACUUUGGCGAGACGUUCUCGCCAUCAGUAAAUCCUCGUCUUGGGGAAGAUUGUCACACGCCUAUGGCUUUCUGUCCGCCUGAGGCGAUUUUCGAGCCGAAGGCGCCCUUAUCGUAUUCUGCUGAUAUGUGGAGUUUGGCUACGGCGAUAUGGGAAAUUCUCGGGAUGCAGGUGGUGUUUAGUACGGACGUGCCGUAUGAUGAGGUGAUUGCGCACUGGAUGGAUGUCUUGGGACCUAUGCCGUGGGAGUGGUUCGAGAAGUGGGAUGAGAGGGGGAGGUUCUUUGAUGAAAACGGUGGCUAUUUUGGAGUUGAUGCAGGGGAUGCUGAAGUUCAGGCCGGAGGAGAGGCUGACGGUGGAGGAGGUGCUGCGGUCGGAGUGGAUGGUGAAGUGGGUGAUGCCGGAUUAUGA